GUUGACUGUGUGUGGGGCUGGUUUGGCUUUUGGGGGGGAUGUGGUCCAGCUCAUAAUCUCUGCCACUCGUCCGGUGAGCAGACGUCAUGGCUCAGUUAGUGGAGUGUGUCCCCAACUUCUCUGAGGGUCGAAGCAAAGAGGUGAUCGAUGCCAUCUCUGCAGCCAUCUCCUCGACCCCCGGCUGCAGCCUGCUGGACGUGGACCCUGGACCUUCUACCAACCGAACUGUCUAUACUUUUGUAGGUUCCCCAGAGGCCGUGGUGGAGGGAGCCCUUAACGCUGCCCGCCAGGCGUUCAGCCUCAUCGACAUGUGCAAACACUCAGGUGAGCAUCCUCGAACCGGAGCCAUGGACGUCUGUCCCUUCAUCCCCGUUCAGAACGUCACCAUGGACGACUGCGUUCGCUGCGCUAACAUCUUCGGACAGAGACUGGCAGAUAUGCUGAACGUGCCUGUGUAUCUUUACGGCGAAGCAGCUCGUAAAGAGUCCCGGCAGAGUCUUCCAUCUGUGAGAGCUGGAGAGUACGAAGCUUUACCUGAGAAGUUAAAACGUGAAGAAUGGGCUCCUGACUUUGGCCCCGCAGCGUUUGUUCCUUCAUGGGGCGCCACUGUGACGGGAGCUCGCAAGUUCCUCAUCGCCUACAAUAUCAAUGUGAUUGGCACCAAAGAACAAGCCCAUCGCAUGGCACUGGACAUCAGGGAGCAGGGUCGAGGGAAGGAGCAGCCUGGUCUUCUGAAGAAGGUGCAGGGUAUGGGUUGGUACCUGGAAGAGGCCAACCUGGCUCAGGUGUCUACUAACAUCCUGGACUACGAGCUGACACCACUCCACACUGUGUACGAGGAGAUCUGCAAGGAUGCUGAGGAGUUGAAGCUUCCCAUAGUUGGCUCCCAGAUCGUGGGUCUGAUCCCUCUGAAGGCUCUGCUGGACACUGCAGAAUUCUACAUCAACCGAGACAAACUCUUCAUCCUGGAAGAGGAGCACAAAGUCCGACUGGUGGUCAGUAAACUUGGCCUUGACUCUCUUGGUCCAUUUAACCCAAAGGAGAGAAUCAUAGAGUACAUGGUGAGACAUCAGGACGAUGGACGGCUUGUGUCUCUGUCCCUGCAGCAGUUUGUCCAGAGCGUUGGAGCUCGGACUGCGGCGCCUGGAGGAGGAUCAGUUUCUGCUGCUGUUGCUGCUCUUGGGGCAGCACUUGGAGCCAUGGUUGGACAGAUGACGUAUGGGAAGAGGCAGUUUGACAACCUGGACACUGUGAUGAGGAGGCUGAUUCCUCCUUUUCACCAGGCCAUGAACGAACUGCUGCUAAUGGUGGAUGCUGACUCUUCUGCCUUCAACAGCUACAUGGCAGCCCUGAAGAUGCCAAAGACCACAGCAGAGGAGGUUAAAAGAAGAGAAGCUGCGAUGCAGAAGGGUCUGCAACGAGCCGUCGGCGUUCCAUUGUCUCUUGCUGAGAGGAUCAGUCUCCUGUGGCCGUCUCUUAAGGAGAUGGUUGCCUUUGCAAACAUCGCUUGCAAAUCUGACGCUCAGGUGGCUGCUAAAGCUUUGGAGACAGCUGUGUUUGGAGCUUACUACAACGUCAUGAUUAACCUCAAAGACAUCACAGAUGAGUCCUUCAAAGUGGCUACUCAAAAGAGAGCAUCAGCGCUGCUACAGGAGGCAAAGGACAGCGUCACCGCCAUCCUCACUGCUGCUGAGAGAAGAAAUUAAAACAAGUUACAUCCACAGUUCAAAAAAUGAAUUCAAAUACUCCGAGGCAACAACUUUGUAUUUUAGUUGUAUUUCCAAUAAUGAAAAGCAAGUGUUUGCUAGUGUUAGUUUGAAAAGUUGUACCAAAAAAUGUACCAUUCUUUAAAAUCAAGUCACGAUAUGAAUUAUUUUGGGCAACUUCAACGAGAAGUCUGAUUCUGUUUUUGUUCUGCUUUUUGUUUAAGAGCAUGUUCUCAGCUAAAGAAAUGCCUGCGUGCAUUUUGUGUGAUGCAGCGUCACCUUCUGCUCAGUUAGUUGGUUACAGCUGGAGUUGGGGAAGUGAGCAAAUCACUGGCUGCCAAUUUUCUUUCCACGUUCUUGCCUUGGACAUUAUUUGUCUAUUAAUAUUUAAUUUUUCAGCUCACUGCAAACAUAAUGUGUAUUGUGAUUUUACUUUAUACUGGAGACACAAUAUAGUCCAUUACAAAUUUCUAUUUCUAUAUGCAACAGAGAUGGAAUUUAAAUUGUGUACUUUUGUAUUUUAAUUCCUGUUACUAUGUGUGUUUAAUUUUACAGUACUUGAAUAAACUAAAAGUCUUUAUUGGAGAACCUCCCA